CAAAUGCACAAGCCAUACGCUGAGUUUAUAGAGAGAGACAGCAGUAUGUCCCUGCAGAGAACAAUUUACAUGGCACUACAAAGUCUUACAGAAAAGGCCAUUAAAGACGGGCUAUUUAAAACAAGUAAGACUGAUAUAAGCAUGCGAAGUAUAUACAACAAGCUAUUUCCAAGUAUACACAACUCAUCUGACUUUAUAGAAGCACACCGCCUGCGGCUGUAUAUCCAGGAUGGAAUGGAAAAGGAGGCUCUUGAGCAGCUGCGGAAGAUAAAACACUUUGAUGACAAGACGAUCUUUUUUCUUCUAAACCAGUCAUUUCUCACUGCAAUGGUUAAUAAAAUGACUAGUGUGAUUGAAGCAUUCUUCUUAAAGGGAUUUCCGCGGAGUGUUAAUGCGCGUAUUUUUGGAAGUAGGCAUAACAUUGCAUUUCCCACAUACUUUCUUCUUGCACUGGCAGUGCAGAAUUUAGCUAUUAUUAUGCUGUGUUUUAAGAGAACAAUUGAUUACCACGAGACAUGGCAUGGGCUGGGCCCUGUGCAUCUGGCAGCUGUUAAUUCUGACAUUCGAGUGCUAGAUAUGGUUUUGACAUAUGGGGGGAGUCCAAUGGAGUUUACAACAACACUGCAGUACUGCUUGCUUAAUAACCUCUUUAAAAAGCAGGAUAUUGAGUUUAAUGCGCCAGGAAGGCCCAUUUAUCCAGUUGAUCUAGCAGCUGCAUCAAAUAACUGGGGGUGUUUUCUUCUGCUAAUGAAUCGAUUCCCAAAGUGUGCUGUGUAUUCACAACAUCUGCUGCACAUCUUAAACAGUCUUGAGAUGAUUAUUAAGGCUAUAAAUAUUGGUGCGCGUAUAGAAAUACCGCUGGCAGAUAAUUCAACAAUUCUCCAUACGAAAGUGUAUCACAACAGGCCAGAGCUUGUUUCCUUUUACAUAGCGCUGAACCUUCCUAUAAAUGCAGUAAACAAUGCAGGUGCAACCCCGCUGAACCUUGCUCUGGAGCUAGGGUAUAAAGAGGUAGCGUGGGUUCUUCUGAUGAACGGGGCAAAGUUAUGCGAGGAAACAAAAGGCCAUCCAUUUAUAGAGGAGGUAGAGAAAGGAUGGGCACCGCCCUAUUCACUCCAGGAAAAGAUUGAGUACUGCAAGCACGCAGCUGCGCAUGUAGAAAUGAUUGAGUACAAGCUUAAAAGUAGAUUUUCCAUUCGCAGGAUACUUACCCGAGAAAAGAGCACAUUAGAAGAAUCUUUGAGCAGGCUAAAUCUUAAAAUUCAAAGAGUUGAAGAAAGCGCAAGAAGCGCAUUUAAGCAGCUGCCAAAAGAAGAACUGUAUGAGAAGUUUGCGCAGGUUGUUUCCAAAAAUAACACAAAGCCACCCGCCGAUGGGUUCAAGUUCUAGCAUAAGAAAGACUUGAAGUAUCUGAAUUCUGUUCCAAAACACCCAUAAAUACAUGGAAUGUAUCUGCCUGGACAACAAGCACUCAACAAUAGUCAGAAUAUUCGGGUUAUAUGUAUUUAAGCAUAUUAUAUGCAUAUAUUUAGAUCAAAUACACUAAUACUAGUAACGUAAAGAAAAUAGCCUGCAUAGCACAUAGAGUAUUGCUGGCAAUUUAGUGCUUUUGUUUUUCAGCAUGGAGCCACAUAGGAAUAACACACGCAGCUUUUCUAUUGUAUAUCAGUAAAGUAUGUGCAACCACACAAUUAUUAAAAGACGCAUUCCACA